CCAAUUUCUUGUAUAGGUAAUUGGCGUUUUAAUUACAGUCUAAAGUAAUUGAUUGCUGCUGAAAUUUGAAAAUGGAAAAUGGCGAUGAUUGGCUAGCCUUAGACAAGUUCUAUCACGUCCUAUUCUGCUUCUUCAUUUCCAUUACAUUCUCCCUCCUCGCAGCCCGAAAUCCAUACCCAUUAAUUCGGCGAUACAGUGUCUGGAUCGGAUCCAUCGUUUCACUUCUUGCCGGCGCAGCCAAGGAGUUUGCUGACGAGCUUGGCUACUUCAGGUCCGCCGGCGCGUCCACCAAAGACGCCGCCGCUGACCUGAUCGGCGUUCUACUCGCCGCACUCGCCCUUUCUUUAUGCAAUCAGAAGUUUUUCUCCGCCCUGGUCGAACGAGACCAUUCGGGUCAAGCCCAAGUGCUCAACAUGGUUUGAUCAGUUGGGGUGAUUACUGUCUGUACAGAGCAACUGAUGAUUGGAAAUGCAAGGGAACGUUCAAAAACAGGCAUGGCAUUGACUUGGAAAAGAUUUCGAGUUGAUGCUGUUUUGGCCAUAGAAGCACAAAAGAUCACACACUUCUCUGAAACUAUACAUGAACGCAAUAAAAAGCAUGGAAUUGAAACAGUUCUGGACCACAGUCAACCAAUUAGCAGGAAGAGAUCUCAAUUCUCGAAGGGUUUGAUGAGCCACCAGGAGAAGAGGGCUUAUGAUUCUCUGAGCACAAGCAAAUAUGAAAUCAUAAUGGGCACUAAAGAUGUUGCAUCAGUUCCUACAAUGUCUGUAACGCCCGGGAUUCCGUGCUGCACUCCUCUUGUCGAUGGCCAGUUCAAGCCGGAAAGGUGUGGCGAUAGCCGGAAAUCCCUUUUUAAGAGCUGCAAGUGCUUUAGUGUUGAAGCACUUUCUUUGGAAGAAGGGACCUUACCCUCUGUCUCUUGUGCAUUGAUUCCACAUCCAAUCUCCCUUGCAAGAAAGGUGGGAGCUGAGUUUAUAGGUACCUUCAUACUCAUUUUCACAGGCACAGCCACAGCGAUUGUGAACCAAAAGACACAAGGCUCGGAGACCCUUCUCGGCUUGGCAGUCUCCACCGGCCUGGCAGUCAUGAUAGUUAUACUCUCCACGGGUCACAUCUCCGGGGCACAUGUCAAUCCAUCUGUCACCAUUGCCUUUGCUGCUCUGAAGCAUUUUCCAUGGAAACAUGUUCCAGUAUAUAUUGGAGCACAAAUAUUGGCAUCAACAUGUGCUGCAUUCUUACUGAAGGCUAUUUUUCACCCUAUAAUGGGUGGUGGAGUAACUGUUCCUUCAGGGGGAUUUGCUCAAGCUUUUGCUUUGGAGUUCGUCAUUAGCUUCAACCUCAUGUUUGUAGUUACUGCAGUGGCCACAGAUACAAGAGCUGUAGGGAAGCUUGCAGGAAUUGGGGUUGGAGCUACUGUAAUGCUCAACAUACUGAUAGCUGGGGAAACAACUGGAGCAUCAAUGAAUCCCGUGAGAACUCUGGGGCCAGCAAUAGCUGCAAACAACUAUAAAGCCAUAUGGAUUUACCUCACUGCGCCUUUCCUCGGUGCUCUGGCCGGGGCAGCUGCUUAUUCUUUGGUUAAACUGCCAAACCGAGAUGUCAAUGGACACGAGAAACUGCCUAAUGCAGAACAUAGCUUCAGGAGAUGAUAACGCUUCUACAGCAAUAAAUACAUAUCUUCUGUAACGAAGGGGAAUAGUUAAUAUAUUAGAACAAAUAAACAUUCCAAGAGAUAGAUCAGGCAAGGAGGAUUAAAUGGUAAUGAAAUAUUUUGUUGAGUUUGGAAAGAUAUUUGACAAUUUGCGACUGAAUAAAUAUUUUUGAAUA